AUGGAGUGUACAGGUAGUAAAAAACGUAAACAACUUUUAGAAAUUACAGAUAUGUCAAAUACCGAUGGAAAAUCAUCUGUUUGUCAUAAAGAUUUGAUCUGUACGGUUUGCGGAGCAGCAGCAACAGGCUUCAAUUUUGCUGUGAUAACAUGCAUGUGCUGUAAAGCGUUUUUUCGUCGCAAUGCUUUGUUUGGUUUACAAUCACUUCAAUGUCGAUAUUUAUCAGAAAAUUGUGCUAUUAAUAUAAAAACACGUCGUGAUUGUUCAUAUUGUCGUUUAAAAAAAUGUUUUGAAGUUGGCAUGAAAAAAGAUUUAAUAUUAACUGAUGAUUUAAAACGUAUAAAACGUGAAAAAAUUCUCGCCAAUCGUCAAAUGACAUUAGGCAUAAUACGUCCAAUUAAUUUAUUCAAUUUGAAAAUAAAUACUCAAUUAAAAGAAAUCGAUUCAAGUUAUUUAACAAACAUUUAUAAUGCUUAUGAAGAAUAUUGUCGUUUACCACUAUUAUCAUUUGAAAGAAGUGAAGUAGAAGCACUCGGUCAACAACCAAUUAAAUCAAGAAUUAAAAUGCAAAAUUAUAUUCAAUAUUAUACUAAACAUGAAACAUUAUUAAUUAACUUUUUUGAACGUAUACCAGAACUUAAACAAUUACCACCUAAUCAACAAACUGCAUUAUGCAAACAUAAUAUGAGAUUUUUAGUACGAAUUAGUUUAAUGGAGACAAUAAGCAAUGAUACACCAUUAUGGCCUGCAAUUAAUCUUCUACUUCAAACAAUCUAUGGAGAUUUACUUAAAGAAUCAGAAGAUUUAUUACAUACAUUUAAAGAUCAGAUGAAUGAUUCCACUAGUAUUCGAUUAUUAUUAAUAAUUUUACUUUUUUCGACCUAUUGCACAUAUGAUGAAUAUAUAGAUACAAUGCGUGUAUAUAAAGUUCAAGAGAAAUACACGGAAUUAUUAUGGUUAUAUUUAACAGAACGACAUGGACAAUUUAUAGCAAGUCAAAAAUUCUCAAUAAUUGUACGGCAUUGUCUACAUUUACAAACAAUUGGCCAUUUUGCUGAAUUAAAACGACUGAAAAUGCAGGAAUCGAAUCUUUUGCUUGAGUUAGAAUGA